CUCCAAUGGCUGACGUUAGUGCAAUUCGUAACUUGGCUAAUGAAGGUAUCAACCUCACAAAGGAUGUGAUGGACAAAGUGAUCAAGAGUGUUCGAGGAAAUGAUAAACGUUUUUUCAAUUCUUCAAAGAAAGGAGAGGUUGGCGAAUGGAGAAAGAAAUUACACAGUCUGGAUGUGACGGAAGUCACGAACGCUAUGAAAUGCGUUAUUGCUGCUAUGACAAUUGGGACGGAUGUUUCAAUGCUGUUCCCUGAUGUGAUUAGUUGUAUCCAUGAUAAAACCCUCGAGCUGAAGAAACUAGUUUAUCUGUACUUAAUCAACUAUGCUCGUGCCAAGCCAGAACUCAUCAUUCUGGCAGUGAAUACCUUUGUUCGUGAUUGUGAAGACCCGAACCCUCUGAUCCGUGCGCUGGCUCUGCGUACAAUGGCAUGUAUCCGUGUCAAGAAGAUCGUGGAAUACCUCAUGAUGCCCUUGGGCAAGUGCAUCGACGAUGUGGAUCCCUACGUGCGUAAAACGGCUGCUAUCUGCGUUUCUAAAUUCUACGACAUGGAUCCGCAGCGCUGCGAGGACGAAGGCUUCAUCGAGCGUCUUCGCCGCAUGAUCGGCGAUUCCUCUCCAAUGGUGGUAGCCAACGCCGUAGCUUCGCUCUGCGACAUCGGAGACACGAUCGGCUACGACGUUCUCCGUCUGAAGCCGAAGCUGGUGAACAAACUCUUGGCGGCUCUGAACGAAUGUUCGGAAUGGGGCCAGAUCGUUUUGCUGGACGCUUUGGCCGCGUACAUCCCCGAGGACGAGAACGAGGCGAUGCUGAUCGUGGAGAAGACGAUUCCCCGUCUGCAGCACGUGAAUUCUGCCGUGAUGUUGGGAGCGGUGAAAGUGAUCCUGCUGAACGUGGAGGACUGCGACGAAGAGCUCUCCAAGACGGCGCUGAACAAGAUGGCGCGCGCGUUGGUGACGUUGGUGUCGGUGGAUUCCGCGGAGCUGCGCUACGUGGCGCUGCGAAAUCUGCGUCUGGUGAUCCAGAAAGUGCCGAACCUGCUGUCGAAGAACAUCCAGGCGUUCUUCUGCAAAUACAACGACCCCUUCUACGUCAAAAUGGAGAAGCUCGAGCUGCUCAUCAGCCUCGCCACGCCCAAAUUCAUGGAGAAAAUCCUCAACGAGCUCAAAGACUACGCCACGGAAGCGGACAUCGAUUUCGUGCGCGCGGCGGUGCGUGCGAUCGGUCGCUGCGCGCUGAAAGUGGAGUCGAUGGUGGACAAGUGCAUCUCGGUGCUGCUGACGCUGCUGCAAAGCAAGGUGUCGUACGUGGUGCAGGAAGCGGUGAUCGUGGUGCGCGACAUCUUCCGCAUGUACCCGGGCAAGUACACGUCGGUGAUCGUGCCGCUCUGCGCGGUGCUGGACCUCCUCGACGAGCCCGAGGCCAAGGCCUCCAUGAUGUGGGUCGUCGGCGAGUACGCUGACAUCAUCGACAACGCCGCCGAGCUCCUCGACGCCUUCCUCGACUCCUUCCACGACGAGACGCCCGAGGUCCAGGUCGAGCUGCUCACCGCGGUUGUCAAGCUGUUUUUGAAGCAGCCCGCGCAGGGGCAGGAGCUGGUCACCGCGGUUCUGACGAUGUCGACGGAGGAGAGCACGAACGCGGACGUGCGGGACCGCGGGUACAUGUACUGGCGAUUGCUGUCGUCGGACGCGAAGAUCGCGCGGAGCGUGGUUUUGAGAGAAAAGCCGAAGAUUGACCCGAAGCUGGAGGAGAUGAUCGAUGACGAGACCCUGCAGAAGCUGCUGGAGGAGCUGGGAAUGGUGUCUUCGGUGUAUCAUAAGCCGGCGGAGGAGUUCAUCACGCCGAAGGUCGGACCCGCGCCGAUUGAUGAGAUCGGGGAUGAUGGGAAUGUGGAUCUGGAUGAGGAGAGCGAGGAGGAGUAUGAGGACGAGGACGGGGACGAGGAUAUUUUUGAGGAGGAAGAAGAGGAGGAACAGCCGAAGGAGGAGGAGAAUGAAGUUAAUUUCUUGUUCUGGAGUGUUUGUUGGAAAAAGGAUGGGUGA